AUAGAGUCAAACGACACUCACUUGAACACAACCAAGAGAGACUUUCUGCCCACGGGAGCAUCAGCGAGGCCUACUUUUGGAGCUCAGUGAAGACCAGCCCAGUGAUUAUUUGACGACUAUCUAACAAGUGGCACAAGACUAACAACUCAUUCAAGAUGCCUGAGAACGCUGGCCAUGUUAUGGAGGAGGAAGUGGAGACAUUCGCCUUCCAGGCUGAGAUCGCUCAGCUUAUGUCACUUAUCAUCAACACCUUCUACUCAAAUAAAGAAAUCUUCCUUAGGGAGCUCAUCUCUAACUCAUCAGAUGCUUUGGAUAAAAUCAGAUACGAGAGCUUGACUGAUCCCAGCCGACUUGAGUCCUGCAAAGAACUGAAGAUUGAGAUCAUACCAGACCUGCACGCUCGCACCUUGACCUUAAUCGAUACAGGCAUCGGCAUGACCAAAGCAGACCUGAUCAACAACCUGGGUACGAUCGCCAAGUCUGGCACCAAAGCUUUCAUGGAGGCCCUGCAGGCUGGUGCAGAUAUCUCCAUGAUUGGCCAGUUUGGUGUGGGUUUCUACUCCGCCUACCUGGUGGCUGAGAAGGUGACGGUCAUCACCAAGCACAAUGAUGACGAGCAGUAUGUGUGGGAAUCUGCAGCUGGUGGAUCAUUCACUGUCAAACCUGACACAGGAAAGUCCAUUGGCAGAGGCACCAAAGUUAUCCUUCACCUUAAAGAAGAUCAGACAGAAUACUGUGAAGAAAAACGCAUUAAGGAAGUUGUUAAGAAGCACUCACAGUUCAUUGGCUAUCCCAUUACACUUUUUGUGGAGAAAACAAGAGAAAAGGAAGUGGACCUUGAGGAGGGAGAAAAAGAAGAAGAAGUAGCUGAGAAAGAUGCUCCCGAGAGCAAGGACAAACCUAAGAUUGAGGAUGUGGGCUCUGAUGAGGACGAAGACUCAAAGGAUGGCAAGAACAAGAGGAAGAAGAAGGUUAAGGAAAAAUUCAUUGAUGCUCAGGAGCUUAACAAGACGAAGCCUAUCUGGACCCGCAACCCAGACGACAUCACCAAUGAAGAGUACGGAGAGUUCUACAAGAGUCUUACCAACGACUGGGAGGACCAUCUGGCAGUCAAGCAUUUCUCAGUGGAGGGUCAGCUGGAGUUCCGUGCCUUGCUGUUUGUGCCAAGAAGAGCAGCAUUUGACCUCUUUGAGAACAAGAAGAAAAGAAACAACAUCAAGCUUUAUGUCCGCAGAGUCUUCAUCAUGGACAACUGUGAAGAGCUGAUUCCAGAAUAUCUUAACUUCAUCAAGGGUGUGGUGGACUCUGAGGAUCUGCCGCUCAACAUUUCCAGAGAGAUGCUGCAGCAGAGCAAAAUCCUGAAGGUCAUCCGCAAGAAUCUGGUCAAGAAGUGCCUGGAGCUUUUCACAGAGCUGGCGGAGGACAAGGACAACUACAAGAAGUACUACGAGCAGUUCUCCAAGAACAUCAAGCUUGGAAUCCACGAGGACUCCCAGAACAGGAAGAAGUUAUCUGAUCUGCUGAGAUAUUAUACCUCAGCAUCUGGAGAUGAAAUGGUUUCUCUGAAAGACUAUGUAUCUCGCAUGAAGGACAACCAGAAACAUAUCUACUACAUCACCGGUGAAACCAAGGACCAGGUUGCCAACUCUGCCUUUGUGGAGCGCCUUCGCAAAGCCGGACUGGAGGUCAUCUACAUGAUUGAGCCAAUUGAUGAGUACUGUGUCCAGCAGCUGAAGGAGUACGAUGGCAAGAACUUAGUAUCUGUGACAAAGGAAGGCCUGGAACUGCCAGAGGAUGACGAUGAGAAGAAGAAGCAAGAGGAGCUGAAAACUAAAUUUGAGAAUCUCUGCAAGAUCAUGAAGGACAUCCUCGACAAGAAAGUUGAAAAAGUUGUCGUUUCCAACCGCUUGGUUUCAUCCCCCUGCUGCAUCGUCACCAGCACUUACGGCUGGACGGCCAACAUGGAGAGGAUCAUGAAGUCUCAGGCCCUGAGAGACAACUCCACCAUGGGCUACAUGACAGCUAAGAAACACCUUGAGAUCAACCCAAUGCAUCCAAUCGUUGAGACCUUGAGAGAGAAGGCAGAGGCUGACAAGAACGACAAGGCUGUGAAAGACCUGGUCAUCCUGCUGUUCGAGACCGCCCUGUUGUCUUCAGGAUUCACUCUGGAGGACCCACAGACACAUGCCAACCGCAUAUACAGAAUGAUCAAGCUUGGCCUUGGAAUUGACGAUGACGAUUCUGCAGUUGAAGACCUCAUUCAGCCAGCUGAUGAAGACAUGCCAGUGUUGGAAGGAGACGAUGACACAUCAAGGAUGGAGGAAGUUGACUAA